CUUCGCAACAUUGCCGUAAAGAUCAAGGGGUCCCCGACCGUCUUGAUGCCUGCGUGGAACAAGCUGUUAGCGCAACUCGGGCUCAAAGCACAGGUCAUCCCUAUCGACGUCCGCACUCAAUGGAACUCUACACUCACCUUGGUUGAUACAGCUGUUGAGGUGCGCACACCCAUCGCGGUGUUCUGUGCAUCAGAUGAGGGGAGUGAUGUGCUGGGUUCGUUUGCACUGACCCCACACGAGUGGCUCAUCACAGAGCAGCUCGUCGACGCGCUGAAGGAUGCCACUGAGUUCUUCUCUUGCGACACGCCCAACCUCGCCCACGUCAUUCCGGUCAUGGACAAGAUUGACAAAGAGCUCACUGUCAAGAACCAGCCGGGCAGCUUGUUCCGGCCAAGGGUCCCGUACGACCCUGCUAUCCGUGCCGUGUUCGGCUUCGCAAAGCAGAUGCUCCACAAGUACUACGACCUCACCGACUCUGUUGAGGCGUACCGUAUUGGGCUAUGA